AUGGACAAAAAGAAAGAACUCAAGAGGAAACCACUGACCGAGGCCAAGCGGAUAUCAAUGUCAUUUGAAGGACAGCAACAAAGUGCGUUGUUGUGUCUUCUCUAUCAUGAGGGAUAUAAUAUUCAGUUUUCAGUUCCUAGGAAGUCGUCAGAGAUCUGCCAAUUUUUAGAUGUCACAAAAAUUUGGAAAGGAAACGAAGUGAUUGAUCUGGUUGAGGAGGUCAAAGUCCUUGUAUCUGCGGGUUCAAAGGAUGUGAACCCAGAGAGCAAACACCAUGUGAAGUAUGAGAGAAGAAAUAUGAUGGCAGCCACUGUGAACUUUAUUAUUGGAAUGUUGACGAAACUUGGUGUUGUGUUCAAAGAGAAGGGGACGAAAGGGUCUACCAUUACACUGAAGAUGAAAAAAAUCAAAUCGAUCAAAUUCAACAACAUCGAAUGGGAUUCGGAACGAAUUGCAGACAUCGGAGAAAUAUUUAACGCACGAAUUAAGGAAUACUUUAAAGGAAAGAAGAGACAAACAAUUGUUGAUGUCGAGAAUGAUAAAGUCGUCACGUCAGACUUGAUGACUCAAAGCCUCGAACGGUCUGCUUUCAAAAAGAUUGAGAAGGACAAAGCAGGGUACGUCGAAACAACAACGUACCAAGACGAAGCAACGGAAGAAGAAAACGAGAAUUUGGAAAGACUAAAACAGAAAGCGCAGGCAGCACUCAACGAACAAAGCCUCUUUAACAUGCAAAAUGUACAGACCACACAAAUGCAAAUGAUUGUGAAAGAGGAGGACGACCUUCCGAAAAUCGAGAAUGAUAACCCAAUGCUCAAAGAUUAUGUCCACGACGCGGUGGAUGAAGAGGAGUUCUUUGAGAUGGACGUGAAUCCUAAGGAUGACGUGUUUGAACAAAUCUUAAAGAAGGAGCCUAAUGAUCUCAUUUCAUUUGGAAACAAAGGACUUGAGAACUCCAACGACGCGUUCAUCGACAAACAACUCCACAAAAGCACAAUGAUAAACUCUCAUGAAGGAUUCAUGGGUGGGGCGUAUUUCAACAACUAA